AUGGCCACAACGCAGUUCGGAAUUUUAUCAAUUUUGGACCACAAUGUGCAGUCAUGGAAUACGUACAAAGGCCGCCUCAUGCAGUGGUUCAUUGCAAAUAAUAUUACUUCUGCAACUGAUGUACGAGGGGAAAAAAGAAGAGCGAUACUCCUGAGCGCACUCUCUGACGGUACAUACCAACUAGCGUCAGAUCUUGCACUGCCUAAGGAAGUCCAAGAGGUGCCAUUUGAGGAUAUCUUGAACAUCCUGGAUAGACAUUUUACACCAAAGCGUCACGGGUUUAGUAAAAGAAGUACGUUUUACUCGGCAAAGCAACAUCCAGGCGAAUCACAUGUUCAGUGGGCCGCAAGGCUUCGUGGGUUGACAGCUCACUGCUCAUUCAGCAAUGUAGAAGAAGCAUUACGGGAUAGAUUUGUAAUGGGGAUGUUGCCGGGACCCGAGCGCGAGAAGUUGUUCGCUCAGGAACUGGCAGAGUUAUCUUUGACAAAGGCAGUCGAACUGGCAGAGACGGUACGGUGCGCGCGCAUCGCCGCAUCCACCUCCGCCUCAGGAUAUGCAGCAGCGGUGCUCCCUGACAUCAAAGAAGAUCAGCUUCUUAAGAUCACUGAAGGUGCACCCAAUUCCAGACGAGUGGAAAAGUGUUCCGUGUGUGGACGUUCUAACCACAGUUCAGCAAAGUGUCGGUUUGCACAGUAUAAGUGUAAAAAGUGUAAUAAAAAAAGUCACUUACAAAAAAUGUGUAAAUUGAAUUACGUUGAAGUUAAGGAGGUGGAUGAGAGCGGGGACGACGGUAAGUUGUUUAACGUACAUUCUAGGAAUGGAGAACCCAUAAUUGAGCUGGUGACAAUUAAUGGCAUUCCGUUAAAAUUUGAAAUAGAUAGUGGGUCGGCGGUGUCGGUAAUAUCUAAAGACACAUACGAUUUAUAUUUUAAUAGCAUUCCCUUGCAGCGAAGUGCUAAAAAAUUGACAUCUUAUACCGGUAACAAUAUUAAUUCCGCAGGACUAAUAAGGGUGCCGGUAAUAUACUCGGGGCAAACGGCCGAACUUAAUGUUUACGUAGUGCCCGGCGGCGGACCGCCGUUAUUGGGUCGUGAUUUUAUGUCGACUUUUAAAAUUAAAUUAGUUAAGUGUAAUUUUGUAUCGAAUACGGAAAACAUUAUGCUGAAAUUUCAACAACAAUAUCCUGAAGUGUUUUCCGAUAAUCUUGGUGCAUUCAAUAAAUAUAAAGUAAAGUUACAAUUAAAACCAAAUUCACAGCCUAUUUUUUUAAAGCACGGCCAGUAG